AUGAAGAGAUUACAAAUUGUAUUAGUUUUCUUAUCAGUAACGACGUGCGGUAUCCGAGCGACAAAGACAGAGGACACUUCUACGACAAGCGUGGAUAGCGAAGCGACGCCAGUGUUAAUUUCGGACGUGCAUUGCUUGUGGAAGCACGGGGGACGUGUGUCGCAAGAUCGACCGAUUUGCAUCGAGAUCGAUGACGAUUCUUUACGAGCGGCUGCUAAAUCAUCGAAACUCGCACCUUUUCCAAUAAUCAGGUACAUGGACCCGAGUGGCAAACAAUCGCAACAGGGCACGUCGAAUCUGGCAAAGCGAUUGGAAACCGAGUACGUAGAAUGUAUCCUGAAUCCUGCUGUGUUUCGCGAAUUAUUGGAAAGGGACAUUGUUUCGUGUAACUUGAAGAGGCGUUACCAUCGUCGGCAACUAGGCUGGAAACUGCAGAAUCCGUUCUACGUGGAGGAGCCGAAUUGGGUCGAAAUAAAUAACGACGGCAGCGAAAAUCAUUCGCGUCAUAAUCUCGAAACUGUCGAUCCGUACAUCAUUUCGCGAGGUAAAAAAUUUCGCGAAAGAUUAACGAACAUCGUCAACGACACGAGAAGCGGAGAAUCGUCGAUCGAGUACGAAGAUCUGCGUGUAAUUCUGGCGGACAACUUGAAAAUGACGAGAGACAAAAGAUCGACGAACUCGAAUUCACGGCUCGAGGCUCUGAACGAAAGUAGCGAUGAUCACGACGACGGUGACAACAGUAAUCGAAGGGAUGAAAAUUUAAAAAAGACAGACAAAGAGAAAGAGCGCGAAAAUUUGAAUGAUGACGUGGCCGGUGAUUCGAAAAUAAAUUCGAACACGCGACUCGAAGAAUAUAAAAAUAAAGAGGACGAGCAUUUAAAAGAUACAAAGAGAAGAUCUGCCAACGAUCUGAAAUUAACUAACAACGAACAUACAUUGUCUGCAGGGCGAGAUAGAAAGGUGUACAACGAGCAGAAGGAAUAUUUGAAAAGUGGGGAAAUCGAAAGUGGUGAGUCGACGUUUAACAAGCAGAAGGACAAGCGUGGAUUGAUUUUGAGAAAAACGCCGUACAAUUCGGGGGACGACAUAGUCUCACGUGCGAUUUACACGCCAGAGGAGACACCUCGCAUGCCGGCCGAACUGGCUACCGCUUCGGGGAAUGCGAUUGGCGAAGAGGGUAAUUCUCUUUUAUUUCGAGUGAAACGUGACUCGAACGAUGUCGUCGUAAAGAACAUUGCGGUCGAAUCUGCGUACCGGCCAAAUCGUAUUCGUGAAACGACCAAUUAUUCCGAAAGAGAGCGAAGGAAUGGUAUUAGAGGACUUGAUGUUCUGAACGACAUACUCGAGCAACCCUACUUCAUUUCCAGGGGCAAGAAAAUUAAUAACAAAGAGGAGAAAAAGAUAUCAUUCGAACGAUUAGAGCCAGAAGAACCAAAAUCGACGAUGGAAAGGAUUAUAGGUGGAGAAAGGUUGAGAGAGGAUUUGAACAAGUGUAGAGAUCGCAUGAACGAAAGAGAGAAGAGGAUAAAGGGAUUGGAAGACGAUUUUGGGAUCGACAUGAAGGGACUCGUUAAUCUAGAGCAACCUUACUUCAUUUCCAGGGGCAAGAAAAUUAAUAACAAAGAGGAGAGAAAGAUAUCAUUCGAACGAUUAGAGCCAGAAGAACCAAAAUCGACGAUGGACAGCAUUAUAGAUGGAGAAAGGUUGAGAGAGGAUUUGAACAAGUGUAGAGAUCGCAUGAACGAAAGAGAGAAAAAGAUAAAGAGACUGGAAGACGAUUUUGGGAUCGACAUGAAGGGACUCGUUAAUCUAGAGCAACCUUACUUCAUUUCUAGGGGCAAGAAAAUUAAUAACAAAGAAGAGAGAAAAAUAACAUUCGAACGAUUAGAACCACAAGAACCAAAAUCGACGGUGGACAGGAUUAUAGGUGGAGAAAGGUUGAGAGAGGAUUUGAACAAGUGUAGAGAUCGCAUGAACGAAAGAGAGAAGAGGAUAAAGCGACUGGAGGACGAUUUUGGGAUCGACAUGAAGGGACUCGUUAAACUAGAGCAACCUUACUUCGUUUCCAGGGGCAAGAAAAAUAAUUACGAAGAUGACGGAAGAAUAUUCUUUGAACAAUUGAAAUCAGAAAUGGAUGAUAUUAUAGGGGGAGAGAAGUUGAGCGAAGCUUUGAGAUGUGAUUUGAGUAAGUGUGAGGACCGUACGAACGAAAGAGAGAAGAGAAUAAAGGAAUUGGAGCAUCAUCUUGGGAUUGAAAUGAAGGGGAUUGUUAAAGAAUUGUUGACUAGCUUUGAUCCUUAUUAUGUGGCUAGAGGUAAAAGAGUGUUGCUACCAUCGCUGAGCGAAUCGUUCUGA